CAACGCCCGCGGAGGCGGUUACGGAGUACUGUGGAUCGGAUCAUCCGCUCAUGCCUCGCUCGUCGGGCGGGACUGGCGAUGGACCACCCUUGCGCUGCACCUGGCCAUCUCCACGUUAUCAUGACUGCACGGGAUUAGUCCGUCCGUUGAUAGACUUUGACAUCGUUCCUUGGGUGUGAGAGAAGUCGCGCGCUCAAGCUCUGAUGUUUCCAGCGCAAGUGUGUCACGACCACGGAAUCCACGAUGUAUGAGAUUUAGGGUAGCACGGCCGGUGGUUUGGGGGCAGGCGGGUGUCAUUGUCACGAUUCAAUGGCUGCUCUUCCCUAGGCGAAGAGUAGACGACGUAUACUUCCCCGUAUCGACUUUGAAAGCACUGUUCGAAAUCUCUUUUUUCUUUUUUUCUUUUUUUUUUUUUUUUUUGGUUCCUUGUCAGGGGGUUCGGCCGGUUUAGGGGACCUCCACAGAGCACAUUGCCGCUGCGACGGGAUGGGAUCUCUCCCAUUGGUCGCGGUAUCGUUCAUGGUUUUCCGACAGACUUGAAUAGCAUUCACGAAGUUUGCAAACACAAGUCCUCGAGUAGUGCUCCGUAUUAUUAUUAUAUAAAUUCGCCUUGUUGUCUUUGCAGAGACCUCGACAUUGACUUACUUCUCCCUCAUUGCGUUUCACUUUGAUAGAGUGACACUGCAUCAUGUCCUCCCGUUCCACCACAGAUGCCGGGGCGGACUCCCCUCCCCCCUUGACUCGGGAAAGAACGAGAGACGCAUACACCUAUGAGAAUCUUCGGGGAUGGAAACGGUACCGCAUCCUCAGGCCGGGUCGGGGAAUAUACCACGAUAUCCGAAGGCGGCUGCCCUAUUACAAAAGCGACAUCAUCGAUGGCUUCACGUACAGGACUAUUGCGAGCACUGUUCGAAUGUACUUUGUGAACUUGCUUCCCGCUAUAGCCUACACCUUGGACAUGUACCGCCGUGCAGGCGAGUUCUUCGGUAUCAAUGAAGCUCUCGUUUCCUCUGCUCUUGCAGCAGUAGUUUUCAGCUUGCUGAGUGCUCAGCCACUCACUGUGGUUGGCAUAACCGGUCUUAUCUCGCUGUUUAAUUUUACUAUUUACGACAUCAUCAAGAUAUAUGACGUCUCUAUAUACCCCCAGUUCAUAUGCUGGACGGGGAUCUGGGCUGCAAUCUUCCAUUGGCUUGUUGCAACCUGGAAUUGGUGCGACUACAUGCGUUAUGUGACAGAUUUUUCUAGCGAGGCCUUUGGGAUGUACGUUGGUAUUAUCUAUCUGAUCAAGGGAGUCGAGGAACUUGUGUCCGAGUUUGCUUCACAUGGCCUCGCCGCUGGGUACCUAAGCUGUUUGAUUGGGAUUUUGUAUUUCGGUAGCAUCUAUGCACUUGAGAAGCUUGGUGCAAGCAAUGUUUUGAACCCGGCUCUGCGAGGACUAUUGGCCGAUUACGCUUACCCUAUCGGUACUGUGUUUUGGGUUGGCUUUUCGCAUAUCCCAGGACGCCUUGAAGCAGCAGAUAUUGGCCGAGUGCCAAUUACCCGAGCCUUUUAUCCCACCCAGCCCCGUAGCUGGCUUAUUGAGUUUUGGAAUUUGGACACCAAAUGGAUUUUCGUGGCCAUACCGUUUGGCUUUCUGACGAUGCUUCUCUUCUACUAUGACCAUAAUGUCAGCAGUUUGACAGCGCAGGCGAGACAGUUCCCUUUGAAAAAACCCGGCGGAUUUCACUGGGACUUUUUCCUUCUUGGCUGCACAACCUUUGUGGCCGGAAUUUUAGGCCUACCAAUGCCCAACGGACUCGUCCCACAGGCUCCUGUGCACACCGAUUCUCUUACUAUUUACGAAACUGAACUGAAAAUAAUUUCCACGGCAGAGGGAGAAGGAGCAGAGAUUAGGAGACCGGUUGUGAGGGCGAAGGCCGUAGUUGAACAGCGACUUUCUCAUUUCUUCAUGGCCCUCUUACUCAUUGGAACAAUGACCGGACCGCUACUGAUUGUGUUACAUACUAUGCCUGUAGCGGUCUUUGCAGGUGUAUUCUUCAUUGUUGGAUGGGGAUCUAUCGAGUCAAACGGAAUUUUGCAAAAGGUUAUUUUCCUCUUCCGCGAGGACAGGUUCAUUCACCGUGAUGAGCCACUCCUCUUGAUACGCAAAAGAAAAGUCGUGCUGUACGUCGGACUGCAAAUGUUUGGCGUCGCGUGCACUGUGGCUAUUUCCUACACAAUUGCGGCUAUUGGUUUCCCUGUUCUCAUCUGUCUUCUCAUACCCGUGCGUGUUUGGUUGCUCCCGAGAUGGUUCUACGAUAAAGAACUCGAGAUCAUGGAUGACCUAACAGCCAAUAACAAGGUCGUCCUGGCCAGCCUUGGUGGAGCUCCAAUUCUCCCAGAGGGCCAAAGACCUGAAGACUACGGACUGGAACGCAAGUACUCGGAAGAAAGGCAUGGUGUUCCAAGGCAGCGUGCUGGAAGCCUACAUCGCUGA